UUCCACUAACAUCCAUUUACAUUUAAAAUGAUUUUUGUUACGGUUUUUUAUUUUUCAAUUGCCGCCUGAUUUCGCACUGCCGGCUAAAAAACACUGUAACUUCAGCUUGGCUGCGAUGGCGGCUGUACCAGCGUUAGGAGCGGUGGCCACCUCCGCCUUCACCUUCAUCAAUCUUUCGAGGUCACAAUCUUUCGCUCGCAUCACUCACUAUAGUCUCCGGCGGGUAAUUACGUCUCCCAUAUCAACUUCCUCUAACGACAUCACUUUCGCUCCUUCCAAACCUAAGCCUUCAUCGUCUACUAUAACCCUAACCUCCAAUUCGGGCAAGGAGCAUCUAGACAUCCAUAGGAUCGUUCGAAAAGGGAAAGGGAGUCACGCUCUUCAGUCAACCCGUCCAUCGCGUCCUCUCCAUGCGGGGGCCAAUGCAAAGACGGGCAAGACGAAAAAGAAGAGCGAGAGCGCUCCUAAAGCUAAACCCGUGAAGCUCUCAACUGAGCCUAAAUAUUCCAAAGCAGCUCGCCGGUUCUAUAACGAGAACUUUCGAGACCCUCCACAACGCCUGAGUAAAAUCCUUGCUGCGGCUGGAGUGGCAUCGAGGAGAAGCUGUGAAGAACUUAUUUUUGAAGGCCGAGUUACUGUUAAUGGUUCAGAUUGCAAGACUCCACAGACUAGAGUUGACCCAGCAAAGGAUAUAAUUUAUGUUAAUGGAAGGCGCAUGUCUAAGAAACUGCCUCCUAAAGUUUACUUUGCUUUGAACAAACCCAAAGGGUACAUUUGUUCAUCUGGGGAGAAAGAGACCAGGUCGGUUAUGUCUCUUUUUGAUGAUUUCAUGAAGAGCUGGAAUAGAAAGCAUCCCGGAGAACCCAAACCACGACUAUUUACUGUGGGACGUCUUGAUGUAGCAACAUCCGGUUUGAUUAUUGUGACAAAUGACGGGGAGUUCGCUCAGAAAAUUUCACAUCCUUCAUCAAAUAUGUCAAAGGAAUACAUUGCAACAGUUGAAGGUGAUGUGAAUAAACGACACUUGAAUGCCAUCUGUGAAGGAACAGCCAUUGAAGGUGUCCAAUGUAAACCAGAUUUUGUGGAACUACUUCCAAAACAGCCUGAUAUCUCUAGACAUCGCCUUCGGAUAGUGGUUCACGAAGGAAGAAACCAUGAAGUUCGGGAGAUUGUAAAAAAUGCUGGACUCCAGAUUCAUGCACUGAAGCGUGUGAGAAUAGGCAGCUUCAGACUUCCAACUGACCUUGCGCUUGGGAAGCAUGUUGAACUAAAAGCAGCUAACUUGACGACAUUGGGCUGGAAGAAAUAGGAAAGUUGCACUAAUGUAGGCUCCAUUUGGUAGCUGAUUCUGACAGCAGGCAAUUGAAUGUGAUGAUUGUGGUGAGAUUUGGUAAUGUGUAAACCUUGAGAAUCUCAAAAUGAACAAUGAUAGGACAAGAUCAUCUUCUUCUGCAAUUGGGCGGAUCAGAUCUCGCAAGGAAAAGGACAACAGUAAUUAAGUUCUCAGAUAGUGGAGAAAGACGCGAAGUGCAUGUUGCCCUUGUUUACAUAACUUUUUCUCUCGUUGUAAAUCAGUGUAUAAGAGAGUAAAAUUUCCCGUGGAUUACGUCCGGUGCCUGUAGUUCUGCUUUCUGAAGAUGGUUUGUGGGCCAUAUGUGCAAAAAUGGUGUACUAUGUUUCAAUGCUGACCGAACUCUGUAGUUGGAUUCAAUUCAAUAUUAUUCAAUUAAUGUUGCACUUCAAAUU